CCAAGGAAAGCCACAAUGGAUGAUGCCCAUAACAUCCAAUACAGCAACCUCCAAGACAAUGCUCAGGCCGAACAGGAGUUGGACAAUGCCCAGGCUACCAUGGCUGCAGCAGAGGAGGAAGAAGCCACCUCCACCUCAAAGGCCGAGUAUGGUAGUGGAAUACCAAGUCCUCUCCAGAGUCCUGAGAGAGCCUGCUCUCCCUCUGUGGUACUGGCCUCCAUUCCUGAAGGCCCAUCUGAGGAGGCUUCCAUCAGACAAUUACAGGCGCUGGAAGACCCACUCUAUUUGUUGCACAAUGCACAGAACGUAAAGGUGUAUGACUUGGUGGACUUUCUGCUUUUCAAAUAUCAAACAAAGGCAUUCACUACCAAAGCAGAAAUGCUGGAAACCAUUGGUAGAGAGUAUGAUGAAUAUUAUCCUCUGAUCUUUAGUGAGGCCUCUGAGUGCAUGAAGCUGGUCUUUGGCCUUGACAUAGUAGAAGUGGACCCCUCUGUCCAUUCCUAUGUCCUUGUCACUGCCCUGGGCAUCACCUAUGAUGGGAUGCUGACUGAUGUCCAGGGUAUGCCCAAGACAGGUGUCCUCAUAGUUGUACUGGGUGUCAUUUUUAUGAAGGGAAACUAUGUCAGUGAGGACAUUAUCUGGGAAAUGCUGAAUAAUAUAGGGUUGUUUGGUGGGAUGGAUCCUUACAUACAUAGAGACCCCAGGAAGCUCAUCUCUGAGGAGUUUGUCCAGGAAGGAUACCUGGAAUACAGACAGGUGCCUAACAGUGAUCCUCCUAGCCAUGUGUUCCUGUGGGGCCCAAGGGCCUUUGCAGAAACCACCAAAUUGAAAAUCUUGCAGUUUUUUGCUAGCAUUACUAAGACUCAUCCCAGAGCAUACCCUGAAAAAUAUGCAGAAGCUCUGAGAGAUGAGAUAGACAGGGUCGAGGCCUGGAUCUUCCAGCAGAUGCUUCGACAUCUCUGA